AGGGGGUUACCUUGCCUGCACCCAUCACUAGAAAAGCGGGCUGCAUAACGCCACCGCGUCACUUUGCACGGUCCUCCUCCUGCGCUCUUCUUCCUCCUUGAACCCUCUUGCCUGCGCUCUCUCACACUCGGCUUCCAUCAGCCUUCAUGGUUCUGAUCUCACCCCACGCCAUGCAAGCCACCCGGGCGUCCGCCACCGUCAGUGUGCUUUCAGACUGUGGAAUCCCGGCUGGGCUCCGGAUAGGUCCGGUACCUGGCGUCUUUAAAUUGGGGAAGUACCUGUCAGACCGCAAAGAAGUUGGGCCCAAGAAAAAGAUCCGCUUGGUGCGGGAAGAAUUUGUGGACGAGUCUGGCUGUCCCGUGUCAGACUGGAUCGGAUUCAUCCGAGCCGCUAGAAACGGUCAAGAACAAAAUCUCGAGGCUGUAUCUGACCUACCUGGCGGACAGAUAUUUUACCGAGCGGUAAGAGAAAUUCCUGCAGGGGAAGAACUCAGUGUUUGGUACUCGAACGCUUUGGCCCAGUGGUACGACGUGCCCACGACGGCCACCCCCACGCACGACGAGAAAGGUGAGGAGCGUUACAUCUGUUGGUACUGCUGGCGCAUCUUUAAAUACCCCAACACCCUCAAAGCCCACGUCCACUUCCACUGCGGCCUGAGCAAUGGGCGCGGGUUCGUCGGCAGCGAGCAAGCCAGAGGCACGGAGGCCUUCAGCAGGUCUCCGAAGUCCGGAGACAUCCCCAACAUGUCUUCUUCGCCAAGAAGCUCUCAGAACAUCUCGUCUAUGUCCGACUCCAGCAGGCGGCCACUGUGCUCGCCUUUCCUGGGCAAGGCCGGAGCGGUGAAGAAAAGCAGCUCCGAGGAGCAAGACCGAGCCCUCGACAUGAGCGUGACUUCAUCCCGCAACCAAGGACACACGCUCGGCCUCGGCGCAGCGCCCUCCGCGCUGACCUCCAUGGGCUUCCACCCGGGUGUGCGCUCCGCAUUCAAGCCCACCGGCGUGGCGAAGAUCCCGGUCGGCGACGCGCACAGAGAGGACGCCAGCUCCAAGAUGGGCGCGUUGGGAUUCGGCAAACUCCUGAAAGCGAGCGGCAAUCCUGCGGCCAAGUGCGCCCCGGGGAUGCUCGAUUCCCCCGGCACGGUGCCCGCAUGCGCCAACGCCAUCCGAAGCUUUCCUCUGCUGCCGCACACGGAGGAGACGUCGGCUUUCAAGCAGGUCGAGAGUCGAGUGCACGCCGGGCUCUCCCCGUCCCGCUACGCUCACGUGCACCCGGGACUCCACUUUGAAAGGUUUUCUCUGCCCAACUUCGACGGCGCAGACUGUAACAUCCCCCUGAUGCCCUUCACGGUCUACAACGGGGAACUUCUGUACAGUUCGCCCUAUUACCCUCUUAAAUUCCACUUCAGCAAUCUCCUCAAGUACCCGGAGUCCAUGCCCUACUUCGGCGCGCCCUCCCUAAACCAAGACAUGGGCACCAUGGCCAACAUUGACCGGGAGAUCGCCAUGCACACGCAACAGCUGUCCGAAAUCGCCACCGAGAAGGGCCGCGGCAGACUGGACCCCUUGCCCGCGGGAAGCACCAGCAACGCCGGCUCUGCAGGCAAACCCAAAAAGGGACACCUGUGCCUGUACUGCGGGAAGCUCUACUCCAGGAAAUACGGCCUGAAAAUCCACAUGAGGACUCACACGGGCUACAAGCCGCUGAAGUGCAAAGUGUGCUUCAGGCCCUUCGGGGACCCCAGCAACUUGAACAAGCACAUUCGGCUCCACGCGGAGGGCAACACGCCCUACAGGUGCGACUUCUGCGGCAAGGUUCUGGUCCGGAGGAGGGAUCUGGAGAGGCACGUCAAGUCCAGACACCCGGGCCAGAGCGUCAAGAAGCUGGACGACAAGGCGGGCCUGUUCGGGGACGCCGAGCUGAAGAGCGACAACGACAGCGACGUGGACGUCUGCUUCACCGACGACCAAAGUGAGCCCGAAUCCAGCAAGAAUCACGACUGAACGACAUCGCUAUGGGUACAUCUGCCUUUGAAUCCUGACGCCCCCAACAACAUUUUAUUUAGAACCCUUUGCACCAUGCCAGCCAGUUCACUUGCGAUUUUUUUUGUGUUGACACAGGGAGCCCCCCCCCCCACACACACACACAUCCCCCGGAAUAAUAUAUCAUAUAAAGACUGUACAAUAAACAAGUGACGUUUGAUGAUACCAGAUCGAAUUAAAAACGUGCUGUAAUGCAAAAGGCCAAGGUUGUUUCAAUAUUGGACACACUCUGUCGGCUUCCUAAAUUGCACGACUUCGGUUUGUCUUACUUUUUUUUUUUCAGUGAUAAAAACAGAUCUGUUUUUCUCCCUAGUAUAUAUAUUUCUUGCUUCACAAAUGGCCUGCUUUUUUUUUUUUUUUUUUUUUUUCUUUUACAGUAUGAACACUAACUACAUUCCAACAUACGCUGGCGCAAAACUGGAGAAAAUGCCAAAUUUGUUUAUUUAUUUUCACUGACGUGUAAAAUGAACAUAUAGGCCUACAAAUCCCCAAAGUCCCACUUGACAAUACCUGACAACGAUCCCAUCUGCACUUUAAGGAAAACAUUUCAUUUUAACCAAACCGCUGCCGGGUUAUUAUGAUGAAAAUUCAACCUAUUUUCCUUACUUCAUGUAAGACUCAGCUUCUUGCGCCUCACUCAUUAUACACUAUUUAAAUUUGCACUUUCUUGCCGAGGCACGCUGUUCUUAAAGAAGCAAACAGCAUGUGAUUAUUUAUGGAAUUAUUUCUGAGAGAAAAAAAAUGUAUUGAGCUAUGUAAAGAUGUGUAAAGUAUGAUAAUUCACAUUAAAACGAUGUACGCGUCUGUUUAUAAGCCAUAUUGUCAAUGAUGACAA